AUGUCUUCCUCUUCCGUCUCUUCCAGAAGUUCCGUUUCCACAAACUCUAGAUUAGUUUCCACCGGUGUCGUCGCUGCUUCCUCCGUCAGUGCUACUUCUUCUGCCUCCAGAUCUGUCAGUUCCACAGUCUCUUCUCACAGCAGCUCUCAUAAAUCUACUAAGACUUCCAACAGUGCUCCUUCCAACGUGGUCGGUAAGCCACUUUCCUGGAAAUACGCUACCAUGAUCGGUGCUGUUGUUGUCGGUUCUUUUGCUCUAAGCGCUGGUUUAUAA